CAUUCUUGGUCACAAGGAAGUGUCCUUAGGGGCGUACUUUGUUGUUGUUGUUUCUUCCCCCAAACGCAUCUUAAGAUCGGGGAAGAGAGUCAGCCGCAAGCUCAGCCGAGCUCCGUCCUCCGCCAGCCUCGAGCAUCUCCGCAGGCGAAGCCUCUUCCCUAGGAUGGACCACAACCCCCGGCAUGCGAAGCGCGGCCACGCAGAAAGCGCCGUGACGUUAUCUACUCUCCCCAGCCUCCCUUCGCAAAACUACAUCUCCCGGGAGGCCGCGAGGCAGCCUUGUCGCUGGAGCCCCGCGGGAGGAUUUGGCGCAGGGCCUACUGGGGGUUGUAGUGCCCGCCUGACGAUGCGCGCCGGCGGAAGGGCUUGGCGGCUGCUUGGCGCACCGGCGGGGAGGCGGUGGCUGUGGGGCAGCUGGCGGAGCCUGAGCGGGUUGCGAGCCAUGGCCGGGGCCGGAGGGGCGGCGGAGGCUGGCAUGGGGCAGAGGAUGGUCUGGGUGGAUCUGGAGAUGACUGGACUGGAUAUUGAGAAAGACCAGAUCAUUGAGAUGGCCUGUCUCAUAACGGAUUCAGACUUGAACAUCUUGGCUGAAGGUCCCAACCUGAUAAUAAACCAGCCAGAUGAGCUGUUGGACAGCAUGUCUGAAUGGUGCAAAGAGCAUCACGGGAAGUCUGGCCUUACAAAGGCAGUAAGAGACAGCACAAUUGCGCUGCGCCAAGCAGAGUAUGAAUUUCUGUCAUUUGUCCGUCAGCAGACGCCCCCAGGACUCUGCCCGCUUGCUGGAAACUCAGUUCAUGCGGACAAGAAGUUUCUCGACAAGCACAUGCCCCAGUUCAUGAAGCAUCUUCACUACCGGAUCAUUGACGUGAGCACCGUCAAAGAACUGUGCAGACGCUGGUACCCAGAAGACUAUGAGUUUGCUCCAAAGAAGGCUGCUUCUCAUAGAGCCCUUGAUGACAUCCGGGAAAGCAUCAAAGAGCUCCAGUUCUACAGAAAUAGCAUCUUCAAGAGGAAAACGGAUGAAAAGAAAAGAAAAGUAGUGGAAAACGGUGAAAAUGAAAAGCCCACCAGUUGAUCUUGCAGCCUGGUUCCUGAGCAAAGGCGCCAGGGACACCUCCUGGUGUUUUCAGUUCACUUGUUGGCUAACGAAAUAGCUCUUUUCUGUUCCUUUGCUCCCUCAAGAUUGCUAACAGUGACUGAGUACCAGAAGUGAUGGAUUGUUGACAUCUGAGCUGUGGGCCAGUGCCUUUAACCAUCUACAGCUGUUUGGUUCAUGCGUAUGGAGUACCUUUUGUAGUUGAAGAACCACCACUGUUUGGUGUUAGGCACCCUCUUUUGUAACAAAAUAAACCCAGCGUCACCGAAAGGUGUUUGCCUCUU